CACUGUAAGUUUUUGGAGAAAGUACUGCAUUACAUAAAUCAUUUUUUUGAGUUUCAAUUGAAAAUAAUGUAUUUUAAAUGUUAUUACUUGAAUUAUUUGCAUCAAGUAUCAAAAGGGUAGGUUCAAUAGCUCAAUCGGAGCUGGAAAAACAGGCAUUAUCCGGAGAACAGCUAGAAAUUGGAGAGGUGAAUCCAGCAAAAAACGAAAUCCAUGCAAGCCACGGGGUAGGGAUUCACCGAGACAUAUACGAUACUAUUCGUUUCCAUCCAAAGAUCAAUGCGCAGAAAUUUAUAAAAGGCGUCGCCACAGCAAUAUUUUCAAAUGAAUUCCUUAAAAGGAGCACUGUGAAAGGCUCAAAAAAUGGGAAACCUCGACUUCCUCCAGCAGGUCUCAAACCUCUAACUGGCUUCUCUAAAUUUUGGAUGAUAGACAUUCAAAAAAUGGACAUAUCUAAAGUUCACAGAGAACUAUAUAAUAUUACGAGUUACCUAAACCACAAAAUUUCAGAUGUAAAUCGAGACUUGACCAAAAAACGAAAAAGAAGUACGAGAAAAGACAAAGAUAAAUCGUGCAAAAAACUCAAGAAGGAUCAAAACUCUAAAGAAUUUAUUCUUGAAAGUGACUCCAACGAUGACACAAAUGGCACGAAUAAGACAAAUACUAUGGAAGAUGAAGAAGUCGAGUUAGAUAACUUGAAUCCUCCUAAAACUAGAAAAUAUAAAGAUGGGAAGGACAAAGAAGAUGAGGUGAACUAUUCUAAAAGUAUGGAAGAAGAAGAGGCUGAGACAGAUGACGUUGACCCUCUCGAUGCUAGAAAUGAUAAAGAUGUUGAUGAGAAAACAGAUGAGGAUACGAAAGAUGAAAAAGAUGAGCUGGAUGAGGAUCCUGUGAAAACUAAUAUCCAUGAAGAAGAAGAGAAUAAGGGAGAUGACGUGAAUAAUUUUGAAUCUGAGGAAGAUGAAGAGGAAAUAAGGCCGGCGUUCUUUGAAGUAAUAAUGGCUGAUGUUGAAGAAUAA